AUGGGCAACAAAGGCUCCAAAGGUUCCAAGAGCCUCCGCCCACCCAUCAAGAGCGACUCGCGCGGCUUCAAGUUUGGCAACUACGCCAACGGCGGACGCGACGCCGGCAAGAGCGCGCCCGCUGCCCCGUCGUGCCCUUCUACUGGCCCCUCGUCGGCUGCGGGGCAGACGCAGGGCCAACAGCAGCAGCAGCAGAACGAAGACGAGUCCGAUCUAGAGGACGACGACUCGGGUCCUGUCGAGCAGGUGGCCAUUGAAGACAUGGACGGUCCGGCACGGCCGCAGACCAAAGUGAACGUGGAAGACUUUGACCUGCUCAAGGUGCUGGGCAAGGGCAGCUUUGGCAAGGUUAUGAUGGUGCGCAAGAAGGACACCAAGAUGAUCUACGCCAUGAAGACGCUGCGCAAAGCCGCGCUCGUCAAGCGCAACCAGCUGCUGCACACCAAGACCGAGCGCAGCAUUCUGCAGAGCAUCAAGCACCCGUACUUGACGAGUCUCACGUAUGCUUUCCAGACCCCCGACAAGCUCUACCUCGUCAUGGACUAUUGCGGCGGCGGCGAGCUCUUCUUUUGGCUCAAGAAAGAUCGUCGCUUUUCGCAACAGAAGGCGCGUCUAUUUGCCGCGGAGAUCAUCCUCGCACUCCACGAACUGCACAAGCACGACAUCAUUUACCGCGACUUGAAGCCGGAGAACAUUCUGCUGGAUCUAGAGGGCCACAUUCGUUUGACGGACUUUGGUCUGUCAAAAGAGGCGGUCACUGGCGCCGGCGCGACGGGCGGCACCAAGACGUUUUGCGGCACGCCCGAGUACCUGGCCCCGGAGAUUCUAGAGAACAAGGGCCACGGCAAAGCUGUGGACUGGUGGAGCCUCGGGACGCUCAUUUACGAGAUGCUCACGGGUCUCCCGCCCUUCUAUGACCAGAAUAUGCAGCGCAUGUACGACAAGAUCUUGAAUGCGCCGCUGCGCUUUCCGUCGUUCAUGUCAGCAGAGGCGAAAGAUCUGUUGACGGGUCUGCUCACGCGUAAGGUGGCGGACCGCCUCGGUAGCGGCCCGACGGACGCUGAAGAGAUCAAGUCGCAUCCGUUUUUCAAGGGCAUUGACUGGGAAGCUGUGUUACGCAAGGAGGUGCAGCCGGAGUUCAAGCCGCCCAAUCGAUUGGGCUCCAUGGACACGAGCAACUUUGACGUCGAGUUUACUGCCGAGAAGCCUGUGGACUCGGUCGUGACGACGACGAUGAGCGAGACGCAGCGCAACAAGGCGCAGUUCCCUGGCUUUACGUACAACGCGGAUACUAUCGACGAAGACCACAAGGGCAACUAG